UUUCUCGCAGAGUACCAACCUUGAUUCACUUUGUUUGUAUAUGGCUAAAAUGGAUGUCACUCACAGAAAGCUUAUUAUUUUCUUUCUCCAUUAAUAUUCUUCAUAAUCAAUCGCCUUCAACAUUUGCUACAAUAUAGAAAGUAUUUCUCUGCUUUCAGUUGCAGAUGUUCAAUGUUGGAAGGAUGGUAUUGCCGCUCAAUUGCCAACAACAAUGCAGAUGCCGAGGAUGAAGAUGAGGACAGUCCGGAGGAAGAAGUACCGAAUUAUAAAGAUCAAUAUCGAAAUCUUAAGCGGAAAUUAAAAUUUCUUAUUUAUGAAAAUGAAUGUUUUCAAGAAGCUUUACGUUCAACGCAACGAAAGCUUCUAAAAGUCAAUAGAGACAAAAGCUUUCUUCUCGACCGACUUCUUCAAUAUGAAAAAGUCGAUGCUUCUUUUAGCGAAAGUGACGAAACCGAGUCAUCGGAAGACGAAAUGGCGAGAGUCGAUACGUCAAAAAGGAAAAAAAUGGAUGUAAAUGUUAACAAUCACUUUUCACACCAUUCACCAGUUGUAGUGAAGCCAAUGAGUGCGAGUAAAAAGAAAAAAUCUACUCCAAAAGUACCUAAAACUUACGAUACACCACCAAUUAAUUACGAAUCCGUAAAGCAACCUUGCAAUCGUAAAAUUCAUUCGAGUAAUAAUCUCAUGCCCAUGUCGUUGAUUUCCGAUGGUCACAUGACUCCGGAAGAGGUCGAGAGACACUUAGAAUCACGACAAUCGUAUCUGGAGCUCGUUCCACAAAAAGCUCCACCAACUGUUCCCACUGAAAUGUUUAGCAAUGAUCCUUCUUUAGACAGUGAAUCGAAUGAAGUUGGCGAGUUAGAAACCUCACCUAGUAAUAUGGGCGAAGAUUGUCUUAGCGUCGACAUGAUGCCUGAAUAAAAAAAUUGAAUUAUUUAUAAUUUUUAUUUUAAGGACACUUUGCACCUCAUUCGUUUCAUUCUUAGUCAAUAAUUUAACUUGUACUCAUUACGGUAAUAUAAAUUUUUAUAUAUAAGUCUUAAA